CACACACACACACACACACACACACACACACACACACUCUCACACACAAGCUAUAGUAACUCCCACACAGCCUCAUGUUCUCAGGCUGCUCCGCAGACUGACAGCAGCAAACGGAGGGGGAGAGAAGAGAGAGAGAAGGAGAGAAGGAAACAAGGGAAAUAUACCAGGAGAUUCAAACAGCAGUUACCCUUUCUCUCUUUGCUGCUCGCCAUUCAAUUAAAACACAUAAAGAAUUCUACAACUCUUCAUUCAUCUGUAACUGAACUGGGACUGGUCUGCUCUGCUCUGCUGAAGGACCUGCUCUGCUGAAGGACCUGCUCUGCUCUGCUGAGGGACCUGCUCUGCUCUGCUGAGGGACCUGCUCUGCUCUGCUGAGGGACCUGCUCAUUCUCUAGGACUAUGGCACCACAUGUGAGAUAUGGAGUCUCUCUGUCACAUCGUCUUCCUCUCCUUCCUCUUCUUCUCUCCCUGACGGUCGCAGGGUUUAACCUGGACACUAGCAUGACUCUGACCAAGGAGGGGGAGAAAGGGAGCUUUUUUGGAUUUUCUCUAGCACUUCACCAGCAACUUACCCCAGAACCACACAGUUGGAUACUGGUGGGGGCUCCCCGGGCCAGAGGACUGGGCCUCAUGCGGAGACAGCGUCCUGGCGCCCUGUACCGCUGUCCGAUCAAAGGCGAGGAGUUUGACUGCGAGCGAGUGGACAUCGAUGGAGAUGUAAACCUUGAGAGUGAGAGCAAGGACAACCAGUGGCUAGGAGUAACAGUCAAGAGCCAGGGGAUUGGAGGAAAGGUGGUGACCUGUGCCCACCUGUAUGAGCUUCGUCACCGUGUGGGCCUGCCGUCGGAGACGCGGGACCCCAUCGGGCGUUGCUACGUCCUGAGUGAGGACCUGACAGAAAGGGACGACCUGGAUGGAGGGGAGUGGAAGUUCUGUGAGGGGCGACCCCAGGGACACGAACAGUUUGGCUUCUGUCAGCAGGGCAUGUCUGCCGCCUUCACACCUGACAACCAAUAUAUCAUGUUCGGAGCUCCAGGAACGUACAACUGGAAAGGAGAGAUGCGUGUCCAGCUGCUAAACCAGACUCUGUUGGAUCUUGGUUUCUAUGACGACGGGCCUUAUGAGGUGGCGGAUGAGAAACAGCUGAACGCUCAGCUGAUCCCAGUUCCCUCACAUAGUUACCUGGGUUUCUCGGUGGACUCUGCUAAGGGCAUAAUGAGCCGUGGGGAGCUGACCUUUGUGGCGGGGGCUCCGAGAGCCAAUCACACGGGAGCGGUGGUGCUGCUGCGUAAAGACAACAUGUACCGCCUGGUGCCACAGCACAUCCUGUGGGGAGAGGAGCUGGCUUCUUCCUUUGGCUACUCUGUGACUACGGCUGAUCUCAACAGUGAUGGCUGGACAGACCUGAUAGUGGGAGCUCCUAACUACUUUGACAGGAAGACAGAGAUCGGAGGUGCUGUAUACGUCUUCCUGAACCCAUUCGGUAACUGGGAGUAUGCUCGGCCAAUCAGGCUCAACGGAACCUAUGACUCCAUGUUUGGGCUGACCGUCAACAAUGUAGGAGACCUGGACCGGGACGGAUAUGAUGACAUCGCUGUGGGGGCUCCGUUCGACGGAGAUGGCAAAGUGUUCAUCUACCGAGGCUCGUCUUCAGGCAUCCACACCAAGCCUGCACAGAUCCUGGACGGGGUGGACGAGGGGGUGAAAAGGUUCGGCUACUCCAUCUCAGGAGGCCUGGAUAUCGAUGGGAACCUGUACCCUGACCUGGCAGUAGGCUCUCUCGGUGAUAAGAUGGUUCUGUACAGGUCUCACCCGGUCAUUCAUGUGACCCGGGACGUAUUCGUUGAACCUCAGCAGUAUAUUGACUUGGAGCAACACAACUGCAAGGGGAGAGAUGGGGUGUGUGUGGAGGUCAAAGUUUGCUUCACCUUUACUGCAUAUCCAGAGUCUUACUCACCAGACAUCACUCUGGUCCUACUCUUCGAGGCUGACACCGAGCGCAGGAAGCUGGGCCUGCCCCACCGUGUUAGCUUCCUGGGUCGGAGUGCACAGGAGGCGGAGUACACACACACUGAUGAGGUGGAGCUGAAUGGUCAACGUCAUCCCGCCUGCCGGAAAGCCACCUUCCAACUACAAGAGAAUAUCCGUGACAAGCUGCGUCCCAUCUCCCUGACCAUCACCCACACCAUCAAACCCCCUGUGUUCUCCUCAGACACUCACCCAGAGGAACGACACACGCUACCUCCUGUACUGAGUGUUGCCAGCUCCAACACCCUGCACUCUGAGGUGAAUUUCCUGAGGGAAGGCUGUGGUGAUGAUAAGAUCUGUCAGAGCAACCUGAAGUUCACCUACCAGUUUGGAACCCGACCUAUAACCUCUGACCUCUUCACCCCUCUGCCAAAAGAUGAUGAGGAGGUGGCAGUGUUCUCUCUGACUGACCAGAGGUCUGUGGUGUUGGAGGUGACCGUCACCAACAUGCCCUCUGACCCUCUGCACCCCGAGGAGGACGGUGACGACGCCCACGCCGCCCAGCUAGUGGUCACCCUGCCAGACACCCUGUCAUACUCUGGCUUCAGGGGACAACAGGUGGUGUGUCAGGCCAAUCAGAAUGGCUCUCAGGCAGAGUGCGAGCUGGGAAACCCCCUGAAGAGAGAUGCUACACUGAAGUUCUACAUCAUCCUCAGCACCUCUGCUAUCACCAUAGAGACCACGGAACUCACUGUCAACCUCCUGCUGGCUACUAUCAGUGAGCAGCCAGACCUGGCCCCAGUCACAGCCGUGGCCAAAGUCAUCAUAGAGCUCCCUCUGGCUGUCAGUGGGCUGGCCCGGCCACACCAGCUGUUCUUCAGUGGAGCUGUGAAGGGGGAGAGCGCUAUGGAGACACUGGACGACGUGGGCAGCGCUCUGGAGUUUGAGUUUACGGUGACCAACACCGGGCCGUCCCUGCAGACUCUAGGCUCAGCCUUCCUCAACAUAAUGUGGCCUCAUGAGCUGUCCAAUGGGAAGUGGCUCCUGUACCCCACCGCUCUUCACUUCCAGGGCCAUCCAGAAACACACUGUACCCCCCACACCUCCCUCAACCCACGCAAGUUCUCCCACAGCUCUCCUUCUGAAGACCAGCCAAAGGCUACAGCCAAGAGGAAGGGGCGGUCCCACCCGGAAGAGGAGGGGCAUGUGAUGAACAAGGGCAGUCUGGGUAGGACCACGCCCGCUGUGGCCGCCUCCGAGAGACGCAAGUCACUCAAACUGGACUGUGUGCUGGGUUCAGCGCGCUGCGUCCUCUUCCAGUGUCCUCUCCACAGCUUCUCUGGCUCGGCUGUCCUCAAGAUCCAGGGACGUUUGUGGAACAGCACUUUCCUGGAGGAGUUCCCAUCAGUCAGUGCUCUGGAGCUGCUGGUUAGAGCCAACAUCACAGUCAAGUCCAGCAUCAAACACCUGGUGCUGAGGGAUUCUGCCGCACAGGUCCCAGUGAUGAUUUACCCAGAGAUUGGUCUGACUGCCCAGUACUGGAUCCCCUGGUGGUGGAUCCUCACAGCCAUCCUGGCUGGUAUCCUGGUGCUGGCCCUGCUGGUCUGCAUCCUCUGGAAGUGUGGGUUCUUCAAGCGUACAGAGCGCCGCCCCCAGUACGAGACAGAAUACUACCGCGCCCACAUGCACGCUCAGCCCUCUGAGGUGGAGAAGCAGGCAUCAGACCAAUAGGUUCCUGCUUUCCCCUCCACUCUCCCCCAAGCGUGUGGUUUCUUCCGUCGGGUCCAGUAUGAAGACAAAGUGCCUCAGUACCAUGCGGUGAAGAUUCCCCGUCAGGACCGUCCCCAGUUCCAUCAGAGCCAGCAGAAGGCAGGGAUCCUCCAGAAGAAAGAGUGGGCUACACACUGGAGCGAUGGAACCUCCUGAUCA